AUGGGUUUGGCUAUGGGAAGACUGUUCUCCAAACUCUUUGGCAAGAAGGAGAUGCGUAUUUUGAUGGUCGGUCUUGAUGCUGCUGGGAAAACAACAAUUCUCUAUAAACUGAAACUCGGCGAAGUUGUCACAACCAUUCCAACGAUUGGAUUUAAUGUUGAAACUGUGGAGUACAAAAAUAUUUCCUUCACUGUUUGGGAUAUUGGUGGCCAGGAUAAAAUUCGACCUCUCUGGAGACAUUAUUUCUCCAAUACUCAAGGACUGAUUUUUGUUGUCGAUUCGAAUGAUCGAGAUCGUAUUGAAGCAGCUCGCGAGGAACUUCACAGAAUGUUGCAAGAGGAUGAACUUCGCGACGCGGUUCUUCUUGUUUUCGCAAACAAACAAGAUUUACCAAACGCAAUGACUGCCGCCGAAGUGACUGAUAAACUGCAUCUCCAUGUAAUUAAAAAUCGAAACUGGUUCAUCCAGUCCACGUGCGCUACUACUGGAGAUGGGCUCUAUGAAGGCCUCGACUGGUUGAGUCGCAUUCUUGCGAAGCACAAAUCGAAUCCAAGCUUGAGAUGUUCAUACGAUGGAUGA